UAGGAACGAGCAUUAGGUAUUUUUAAAGGAGAAGAUGAUGAAUCAGUAAAGUUUUCUGAAGAAGAGCUAGCAGAAGCUCCCUUUAUAAAAUUAAAAAGACAUUCAACCAUGACAAGUAUUGCUCAAGGUACUAAAAGGUUAAUUAAGGGACCUGAUUUUUUGUUAUUACACAAAUCCAGCGACAAUUGACAAGUGAUAUCUGUUGGGUUAUCACGGGUGUUUUUUUGAUUUGCGUAAUUGAAGCAGAAUCAAUCAUGUCGCCCUCACCUGUGACAAUCGCAACUGUUAUUUAUGAAUGUGUUUCAGCUUUUGGUAAUGUGGGAGCGUCUACUGGUUAUCCGAAUACUGCUACCUCACAAGUAGCUCAAUAUCACGUCUUGAGUAAGCUAGUCAUUAUUUUACUUAUGUAUAGAGGAAGGCAUCGAGGUAUAGAUUAUGAUUAUGAUUAUGAUUAUUAUAUAUUCAUGGUAUAUGUGUAUAUAGGUUUGCCUGCUUCUAUUGAUAGAUCUAUUUUGUUGCCUUCUGAUGAACUUGUUCAAAAAGAAAAGGAAGAUGAAGAAAGAAGAAGAAAUGCUUCUGUUUCAUUACAAGUUGUCAAUGCUAGUGGUACAAGUAGUGGAUUUCAACAUCAUCAUCAUGGCACAUCUGAUAAUGUCAUCUACACUAGAUCUUGUACAUUAUAAUAUAUAGACCUUUUUAUACCCCUCCUUUUUUUUUGUUUGUUUAUUUGUUUGUUUAUUUAUUACUUUUAUUUACGAGUUGUUCUGCAUUUAUUUGAAACCUACUACACACUCCCUCAAAUA